CCUGGCUGUCGCAGGAAUGCUUGGAAUCGGUAUCGAUCGUCGUGCUUCACAUGUGUGUGGCCGUAACAGAUUGCGCGCCUUUUUCCGAGUCUGACUCUGUCCUCUCUCACUCCCCUCGGAUUUUCCCUCCUCUUUAAUGGCGGCACCCUCCGGCCAGAUAGCACCGCCAGGGAAUCGGUACAGAUGUUUCUUCCCCUACUCCGUGGCCGUGGGCACGUUGCUGUUGACAUUUUUCGAUUCCACACACAUAUCCAUUCCCUUCUUUUGAUUAUUCUUUCGUUUUUAUUUCGGUUCUUCCAUGGAUCUGCCGCCGGACGGGGACGGGCUCUUCAGUCUCACCAUGGUGCACAUAGCUGGCAUUUUAUCGGAGGACGUCGUCGCGAUCGGACGUGGUUUUUGCGUGCUCUCUUGCGUUCGUUCGGUAGCGCAGUUUGUUAUUGCUAGUUUGCGAUCUUCCGAGUUUCCCCCAUUACCUACCUUUUAAACACCACAGUUGGGAUAAAGUUGAGACAAACAUGUGCUAAUGGUCGAAGCCAGUGUUGCAAAAGUGUUAAUUAGUGUGUCGUCGAAAUCGUCUGGGGAGCGCAAAAGGAUAGCCAAAAGUGUCGCCAGAAUGUUGGAAUUUUACCACAACCUGAACCUCACUACAGGAAUACCGCAACCACAACAACAGGGUCAGCCAACGUCGGCGGAGGAGACUAAUUUGCUGCGGGAUAAUCCGGCAGCAGACGGUAGCAACGAACGUACAGACAUUGUCGGAACCAUCAAAUGCGAAAAGAUGCAGGAAAUCUGCGAAGGGUGUGGCCAAAAAAUCAAAGACCGCUACUUUAUGAAGAUUUCCCCCGACCAGUACUGGCACGAGCAGUGUCUGCUCUGCUGCAUCUGCAACAUCCAGCUCAACCAUUCCUGCUUUACCAAGAACACGAAAGUCUACUGCAAAGACGAUUACUACCGAAUAUACGGGCUUUCUCAACUGCAACAGAAACAGCAGAACCAGCAACACCAGCAAAAAGUGUCCCGCGAAUGUUACGGCUGCGGAGAACGCAUUGCGCCCAACGAGAUGGUUAUGCGCGCGAAAAACCACGUGUUCCACCUGAACUGUUUCCUGUGCUACACGUGCAAUAGGCCGCUGCAGAAGGGCGAACCGUUUUCGCUCAAGUCCGGCAAGCUGAUUUGCCAGCACGAUCUGGAAAAGGACAUGUACAGCAGUUUGCAUCCGAUACACUCGCACCACCUGUACGGGGAUGAUGAUUACCUGAUGGAGGACGGAUUGCGGUCGCGAGAUGGUCGCAGAGGUCCCAAAAGGCCUCGCACCAUACUGACGUCGGCCCAGCGGCGCCAGUUCAAAGCUUCGUUCGACGUGUCACCAAAGCCAUGUCGGAAAGUGCGGGAAGCACUGGCAAAAGACACCGGUCUGUCGGUGCGGGUCGUCCAGGUUUGGUUUCAAAAUCAACGCGCCAAAAUGAAGAAAAUCUCCCGAAAGAGCAAAUCUAACCAAAAUAGUAGCGCUGAUGCGGACAAGAACCACUCGGAUAAGGAUGAGAAGUCAAUCAAGCUGGAAUCGCCUAGCAGUGACCACGGUCACUACCUGAGCGUCGAAGGAUCGUACGGAUCGUCGGGACAACCGCUGAACCCCAAUCUGCCCUACUCUCCUGAUUUCGCCGAAAACUCCGACGCAAGCAUGUGCAGCAGCGACAUCUCGCUGGACGAAAGCUUCGACAAUUUGGACGAAGCCACCUCGGACACCAUGUCGCUGCAGAACCUGGACCUGCAGACCACCCUCAAUAACAGCAGCAAUAGCAACGCCAGUGCCAACAACAACAGCUUAGUAAAUCACAACAACAACAACAUCAACGGACUGCUGUCCGGAACUAGCAUAACCCACAUCGAUAAACUGUAUCUGAUGCAAAACUCGUACUUUAAUGCGUCGAUGAUCGAGCAGUGAUCGAACCAGGAUGGCGUACGAUCCAAUCCGCCUGGGUCACGGAGAUUUGCGCCCUUCAGCAAGUUGCAACUGAAUAAAAAACGUGCUCACUCAUACUAGUCAAUAGCAAUAAAUAAAUGCAUGUGCAGUACGGUGUUUAGUUGGAUCAAAAAUAAAUCAAUUUCAUGAUUUUAUUUGUGGAGCGACGAUAAAUCUUUCCUUCCCUGUUGAGCUGUAAAUAUUGUAACUUAUUUUCUACGUUCUACGUUCUGUGUACAUAAAAUAAAGAGCACGGUGAAAUGUGUUUGUAUGAAGAUAAAUUAAUUAAAGUAAUUAAUUAUUGUCACAUUGGGAGUCGAUUGUUACGUUGCAACUCAGGAUGUAAAGUAACGCAGAAACAUGUCGUGCAAUGCAGUACGGAUGAAAAAUUGAAAAGCAAUUUAAAAUAUUUAGAUAAAAUAAAAAUUUAAAUAAACAA